UUUCUCUGAUUGUAGGGUUUCAGGUCCGCUGUUCACGACCCGUUCAAACUUCCCCGGAACGCACCCGGGGCCAGCAGCCACCAGCCUUUCGUUGGGAGAGAAAGAGGAGCAGCGGCUAAAAACGGAGCCCUGACUUCUCAACGAGCACUGCAGGGAGGAGGCAACAGAGCCCCACUCUGUCUUCCUAGGAUUCUGUUUCUCCAGAAGGAAAGGGAAAAUGAGCUUGUUCAAGGAGGCAGUGACGUUCAGGGAUGUGGCAGUGGCCUUCACGGAGGAGGAGCUGGGACUGCUGGACUCUGCCCAGAGGAAGCUGUACCAGGAUGUGAUGUUAGAAAACUUCAGGAACCUGGUCUCCGUGGGACACCAAUCCUUGAAACAAGAUAGAUGGCGUAUAGAAAGAGAAGAGAAGCUUUGGUCGAUGAAGACGGCAGCCCAGAUGGAAAGAAAUGUGGGAGGGAACAGUCAAAGUGAGCUGAGGACUCUUCAAGACAGAGGACCACGUGAAGAGCUUUCCUGCUGGCAAAUCUGGCAACACAUCGCAAGUGACCUAACCAGAUGGCAGAACUCCAUGAGAAAUAGUUCUCAGUUUCACAAGCAGGGUGAUUCCCCCUGCCAGCUUGGAGCGGGACUGUCUAUUCAAAUUUCUGAAGAUGAGAACCGUAUGCUAAAUUGCAAAGUGGCUGGUCCCAGUGGUACUGAAAACUCAGAGCUUCCAAUUCUGAGAGUCCAGGACUCUUGGAGGAAAACGUCUUUGACCGAGUCGCAGAGUUAUCAGAGCAGAUAUCAGCAAAUUUCCAUGAAAAAUCAUCUGUGUCGGUGUAAACAAGAUGUUGACGCGAUCGGUUGGAUUUCACAUCCCCUUAAUCAUGGAAUACACGGAAGUGACAAAUCUUAUUGCCACGAUGAUUAUGAGAAAGACGGCAUGAAGGUUUCAGCAUUGAACCAGGAUAGUGUGUUUCACACAGGACAGAAACCUUACCGAUGUAAUGAAUGUGAAAAAACCUUCAGUGACCUCUCCACCUUUGAUCUUCAUAAACAGUUACACUCAAAGGUGAAGUCUCAUACAUGUAGUGAGUGUGGGAAAGGCUUCCGUUACAGCUCAGUUCUUCGUAUUCAUCAGAGAGUUCACGUGGGACAGAAAGGCUAUACGUGUGGUGAGUGCGGCAAGGGAUUCAGUCAGAACUCACUUCUGCAAACCCAUCAGAAUGUCCACACUGUAGAGAAGCCAUUCAAAUGUGAGGACUGUGGGAAAGCCUUUGGUCGUAGAUCAGCACUUACCGUUCAUUGCAAAGUCCACACAGGAGAAAAACCGUAUAGUUGUGAGGAGUGUGGGAGGGCCUUCAGUCAGGCCUCUCAUCUGCAGGACCAUCAGAGGGUCCACACUGGGGAGAAACCAUUCAGAUGUGAUGCGUGUGGUAAAAGCUUCAGUCGGAAUUCACAUCUUCAAUCCCAUCAGAGAGUCCAUACAGGAGAGAAACCAUACAAAUGUGAGGAGUGUGGGAAGGGCUUCAUUUGUAGCUCAAAUCUACACAUUCAUCAGAGGGUCCACACGGGAGAAAAGCCCUACAAAUGUGAGGAAUGUGGUAAAGGCUUUAGUCGGCCUUCAAGUCUUCAGGCCCAUCAGGGAGUCCACACUGGAGAGAAAUCCUAUAUAUGUAAUGUGUGUGGUAAAGGCUUUACUCUGAGUUCAAAUCUUCAAGCCCAUCAGAGAGUCCAUACAGGAGAAAAACCAUACAAAUGCAAUGAGUGUGGGAAGAGCUUCAGGAGGAACUCCCAUUAUCAAGUUCAUCUGGUAGUCCACACAGGGGAGAAACCCUACAAAUGUGAGGUAUGUGGGAAGGGCUUCAGUCAGAGUUCAUAUCUUCAAAUCCAUCUGAAGGCCCACAGCGUGGAGAAACCUUACAAGUGUGAGGAAUGCGGGCAGGGCUUCAAUCAGAGUUCCCGGCUUCAGAUUCACCAGCUGAUCCACACCGGAGAGAAGCCACACAAAUGUGAAGAGUGUGGGAAGGGAUUCAGUCGUAGAGCAGAUCUCAAAAUUCACUGCAGAAUCCACACAGGAGAGAAACCAUAUAAUUGUGAGGAGUGUGGGAAGGUAUUCAGGCAGGCCUCAAAUCUUCUGGCUCAUCAGAGAGUUCACAGCGGAGAGAAACCUUUUAAAUGUGAAGAGUGCGGGAAGAGCUUUGGUCGCAGUUCACACCUGCAAGCCCAUCAAAAAGUGCACACUGGAGAAAAGCCCUACAAGUGUGAGGAGUGUGGGAAGGGCUUCAAGUGGAGCUUGAAUCUGGACAUGCAUCAGAGGGUCCACACGGGAGAGAAACCCUACAAGUGUGGGGAGUGUGGGAAGCACUUCAGUCAGGCCUCAAGUCUUCAGCUGCAUCAGAGCGUCCACACUGGAGAGAAACCGUACAAAUGUGACGUGUGCGGCAAGGUCUUCAGUCGCUCUUCACAGCUACAGUCUCAUCAGAGGGUUCACACAGGGGAGAAACCUUACAAGUGUGAGACCUGCGGUAAGAGCUUCAGCUGGCGAUCCAACCUUACCAUUCAUCACAGAAUCCACGCCGGUGAUAAAUCUUACAAAAGCAAUAGGAGUGGUAAGAACAGCAGAGAAUCUACACAGGAAAAUAGUUGCAUAAAAUGAUUUUUUAAAAAGAAAA